UUCUGGAUUCGAAUAGCAUUUUUGGAGAUUAUCGAAUUUCAGAUACAGCCAAUUUCUGGGUUGAUUUGUGUUCUGGGUUUAACACUUUGAAGAACGGCAAAUGAAGUUUUCUUCAUUGAACACUAUCGUUUAGGGCUUCCAAGUUGGUUCCUUCUUUAAUAGCGACUAGGGGCAUAGAUUUCAAGUGGUACGACAGAUUUUUCUUGUCAAUGCUGGCCACGAGCAUAAUUGUUGUGGCUAUCAAUUGGAAACGUUAUCAUCUAUGUGCACACCCUUUGCAUAUAUGGAUAGUGGUGGACUAUACUGCAGUCUUUGUUUUCCGGCUAUUGAUGUUUGUAGAUAAUGGACUUGCUGCUGGAAUGGGAUUGGAUUUUGGGCGGCAACAGAGAUAUGCUCGUUUUUGUGGAAGAGUUGUGGUUCUUUCUAUUCUUUCUUUGCUGCUUUAUCCAUUUCUCUGGGCUUGGUCGAUUAUUGGUACACUAUGGUUUACUAGUGCAAAGAACUGUUUACCUGAAGAAGGCCAGAAAUGGGGCUUCCUUAUUUGGCUGAUGUUCAGUUUUUAUGGACUAAUUUGUAUCGCCUGCAUGACAAUAGGCAAGUGGUUAAUACGAAGGCAAGCUCACUUAGUGCGAGCUCAGCAGGGCAUUUCUGUUUCAGAAUAUGGGGUUUUUGUUGACAUGAUUAGGGUUCUAGAAUGGGCAUUUGAGGCUGCUGGCCAAGAAAUGAGGGGCAUGGGUCAGGAUUCUGCUACUUACCAUCCUGGACUAUAUUUGACUCCCGCACAGAGGGAGGCUGUUGAGGCACUGAUUCAAGAGCUUCCAAAGUUCAGGUUGAAAGCCGUUCCUACAGAUUUUAGUGAAUGUCCUAUUUGUCUGGAAGAGUUUCGUGUAGGAAAUGAGGUCCGGGGUCUUCCUUGUGCGCAUAAUUUCCACGUGGAAUGCAUUGAUGAAUGGCUUCGUCUGAAUGUAAAAUGCCCUAGAUGCCGAUGCUCAGUCUUUCCAAACCUAGACCUAAGUGCUGUUAUGCUCCGGCUUUGUGAGCCUUUUCUGGAUGCAAAUAUGUCAAAGAGGGACAAAAUUGACCCUGGCUACGCAUUCUACAGCAGUCGUUUGGAACUAAAAGAAUUGACUGCUAUACAUGCUUCGUCCGAAGAGGUUACUGAGUGGUUGAACAAAGAGAAUAGUGUGCAAGACGCCGGAGAAGUCGCCGGAGGAGAGCAUAGGGCCGGCUGGAGUUCUGUUUUUCUUUUGUUAUAUUGUUCUUCCCUCAACUUCUGUUGA